AUGAUGCUCACUGUGAAGAAAGGCCCUUUAUGUUAUGAUGACAUCAAAACUAUUGAUGGCAAAAAACAUAAAACUUUUAAAGGAGCGUGUUUUGCUAUGGGAUUUCUACAAGAUGAUAGAGAAUUUGUUGAGGCAAUAAAAGAGGCACAUGUUUGGGGAUCUGGGUUAUUUUUACGCAAGUUAUUUGUUAUGAUGUUGAUGUCGUCAUCCAUGAAUAGACCGGAACAUGUGUGGAGAUUGACUUGGAAGUAUUUAUCAGAUGGCAUUCUUUAUGAUCGACAAUUAUUGGCAAGAGAUCAAGGGUUGACACUAAGUGAUGCGGAGGUAAAGGAACUUACUUUAAUGGCUAUUGAAACACUAUUGCAAAACAAUAAUAAAAGUUUGAAAGAUUUCAAGCCAAUGCCAUAUCACAAGGAUUUUGUUGUUUCCUUUAUAGGAAAUCGGCUUCUCUAUGAUGAACGUCAAUACGAUGUUCUUGAACAACAACAACUUUUUGCUAAUUUGUACUCCUCUCUGACAGAUGAGCAAAGAAACAUUUUUCAUGAAAUAAUGGAUGCUGUCGAGAAGCAACGAGGUGGGGUCUUUUUCUUAUAUGGCUAUGGAGGAACUGGUAAGACCUUUAUGUGGAACACUUUAUCAGCUGCACUUGGGUCUAAGAAAAAAAUUGUCUUGCCAUUUGCAUCAAGUGGGAUUGCAAGUUUAUUGUUACCAGGUGGCCGAACAGCUCAUUCUAGGUUUAAGAUUCCUGUCCCUACUUUAGAAAAUUCUAUUUGCAACGUUAACAAAAAAGAUGAUCUUGCUGAGCUUCUAAAGGUGACCGAUCUUAUAAUAUGGGAUGAAGCUCCGAUGGCUAACAAAUUUUGCUUUAAAUCUCUUGAUAAAUCCUUGAAAGAUAUUAUGAGUGGAAUGCCUAAUGCAUCUCAAAAAAUAUUUGGAGGUAAGGUUGUCGUCUUUGGUGGUGAUUUCAGACAAAUUCUCCCCGUUAUACCAAGAGGUACUAGAUCUGAUAUUAUCCAUGCAACAAUCAAUUCUUCUUAUAUUUGGGACCACUGUAAAGUCUUGAAGCUUACAAAGAACAUGCGGUUACAAUCUGGUAAAUGUGCUUCUACUACUGAUGACAUUAGGAGCUUUUCAGAAUGGAUUUUAAAUAUUGGGGAUGGGACCAUGUGUAAGCCGAAUGAUGGUUAUGCUGAUAUUUGUAUUCCAGAUGAGUUUUUAAUUUCAAACUUUUCAAAUCCCAUUAAGGAAAUUGUGGAGGAUACCUACCCUGAUCUUAUUCAUAACUAUCUUGAUUCGGACUAUCUCCAAAGUCAUGCAAUCUUAGCUUCAACAAUUGAAGUAGUUGAUGAUAUCAACAAAUAUAUUACAAACCUUCUUCCAGGAGAAGACAAAGAAUACUUCAGUAGCGAAUCUAUAGAUAAAUCCGAUGCUACUAACUUUAAUGCAUAUGAGCAUGUCACACCUGAAUUCCUUAAUGCUCUCAAAACUUCUGGAUUUCCUAAUCAUUCAAUUAGGUUGAAAGUUGGCGUCACAAUAAUGUUAAUGCACAAUUUAGAUCAGUCUGAAGGCUUGUGCAAUGGUACACGACUCACUGUAACAAGGCUUGCAUCUCAUGUCAUUGAAGCUAAGAUCAUUUCUGGAAAAAAUGUUGGUAACAUCAUUUAUAUUCCUAGGAUGUCAUUGUCUCCCUCACAGUCACCAUGGCCAUUUAAAUUGGUUAGACACCAAUUCCCCAUUAUGAUUUCCUUUGCCAUGACUAUUAACAAGUCUCAAAGACAGUCUUUUGACCAUGUUGGUUUUUAUUUGCCAAAAGAGGUUUUUAGUCAUGGUCAAUUAUAUGUCGCGAUCUCAAGAGUUAAAUCAAAAAAGGAUUAA